AUGGCCGCCAACAACAUGGUAAAUCCCGCCGUGGAUCCCAACCGGGAAGACGAACUCUUCGCCAAGGAGGUCGACCAGAUCAAGAAGUGGUGGAGCGAGCCGAGAUGGCGCCGUACCAAGCGGCCCUUCACGGCCGAGCAAAUCGCCAGCAAGCGCGGCAAUCUCAAGAUUGAGUACGCCAGCAACACCCAGAGCAAGAAGUUGUGGGAUAUCCUCGAGAACCGCUUCCAGACCAAGGAUGCCAGCUACACAUACGGCUGCUUGGAACCCACCGCCGUCACACAGAUGGCCAAGUACCUCGACACCGUCUACGUCUCGGGCUGGCAGUCGUCGUCCACCGCCUCUGCGUCCGACGAGCCGGGCCCGGAUCUCGCGGACUACCCCUACACCACCGUCCCCAACAAGGUCGGCCACCUGUUCAUGGCCCAGCUCUUCCACGACCGCAAGCAGCGCCAGGAGCGCAUGUCGGUGCCCAGGGCCCAGCGCUCCAAGCUCGCCAACAUCGACUACCUGCGCCCCAUCAUCGCCGACGCCGACACGGGCCACGGCGGUCUGACCGCUGUCAUGAAGCUUACCAAGCUCUUCAUCGAGAAAGGCGCCGCCGGCAUCCACAUUGAGGACCAGGCGCCCGGCACCAAGAAGUGCGGUCACAUGGCCGGCAAGGUGUUGGUGCCCAUCUCGGAGCACAUCAACCGCCUGGUGGCCAUCCGUGCGCAGGCCGAUAUCAUGGGCUCCGACCUCCUCGCCAUCGCGCGCACCGACGCCGAGGCGGCCACCCUCAUCACCACCACCAUCGACCCGCGCGACCACGCCUUCAUCCUCGGCAGCACCAACCCCAACCUGCAGCCGCUCAACGACCUGAUGGUGGCCGCCGAGCGCGCCGGCAAGGCGGGCGACGACCUGCAGGCCAUCGAGGACAAGUGGCUCGCGCAGGCCAACCUCAAGCGCUUCGACGACGCCGUGCUGGACGCCAUCGCCGCCUCCGGGAACGCCCAGGCGCUCGCCGACCAGUACCGCCGCGCCGUCCAGGGCAAGCAGCUGUCCAACGCCGAGGCCCGCGCCGUCGCCCGCGGCAUUUUGGGUAAGGACGUCUACUUCGACUGGGACGCCCCGCGCACCCGCGAGGGCUACUACCGCCUCAAGGGCGGCUGCGACUGCUCCGUCAACCGCGCCAUCGCCUACGCCCCCUACUGCGACGCCAUCUGGAUGGAGAGCAAGCUGCCGGACUUCAAGCAGGCCGAGGAGUUUGCCCGCGGCGUACACGCCGUGUGGCCGGAGCAAAAACUCGCCUACAACCUCUCGCCCUCCUUCAACUGGAAGACGGCCAUGCCGCGCGCCGAGCAGGAAACCUACAUCCAACGGCUCGCGGGGCUCGGCUACUGCUGGCAGUUCAUCACGCUGGCCGGGCUGCACACGACGGCGCUCAUCAGCGACCGCUUCGCGCGCGCCUACAGCCAGCAGGGCAUGCGCGCCUAUGGCGAGCUGGUGCAGGAGCCCGAGAUGGAGCUCGGUGUGGAUGUCGUCAAGCAUCAGAAGUGGAGCGGCGCGACGUACGUCGAUGAGCUGCAGAAGAUGGUUACUGGGGGGGUGAGUUCGACGGCGGCGAUGGGGAGUGGGGUUACGGAGGAUCAGUUUCAUUAG